AUGGCGGCCGAUCAAGUAAACGCUCUCAAAGCGAUAGGAGUGCCAGUCGCCACAAUCAACUCGACCACUUCAUUCUCAGAACGAAACGAGAUCAUAGAUGACCUUCUCUCCGGCCAUCCGCGCACGCGUCUGCUCUACGUGACCCCGGAGCUCUGCCAAAGCGAGCGGUUCCGCCGAAAUCUGCGAACCAUCCACUCGCAAAGAGAACUCACGCGGAUCGCCAUCGAUGAGGCCCAUUGCAUUAGCGAAUGGGGCCAUGACUUCCGGCCCGCAUACAAAGAGCUCGGCUGGUUCAGACAGACCUUCACGAACCCGCCCGUCCCCGUCAGUGCCUUCACGGCAACCGCCACCCCGCGCGUCCGCGCCGACAUCAUCAACCUCCUCGGUUUGGACCCGGCUCAGCUGAAGAUCUUCAACACGCCGUCGGCCCGGCCUAAUAUCCACUACGAAGUCAGGUACCUCCCAGCACGUUCGAGGGACUACUCGAAACCACAGCCCACGCGGUUGCGCGACCUCGUCGCUUGGCUGAAGGCCAUCAAGGCGCGGCGUGAUGCCCGGCUAGAGGGGAGCACGACGGAGCUUGCCCCGAUGACGGGCAUCAUAUAUGUGACUCUGCGACUGACCGCGGAAGCGCUCGCGGGAGAGCUGUCUGAAUCGUGGGAGGAAAUUCACGCUGUUACCUACCAUGCUGGUCUUCCACAUCAGGAGAGGAAACGCAUACAGACCGAAUGGACAUCGCCUCACACAUGCACGAAAGCCGGAGACGGGAAGCGCCCUGCCUUCUACGUGAUCGUAGCGACGAACGCCUUCGGAAUGGGCAUCGACAACCCAAAUGUCCGGUUCGUCGUGCACUGGAACCCACCUUCAUCUUUCGAGCGAUUUGUCCAGGAAUCCGGCCGUGCAGGCCGGGACGGUCGUGCCGCGGCAUCGAUAGUAUACUACAACUACGAAGAACGAAAUAACGUGUGGGAGCGCGUAGAGCGCGAUGAGCACCCGCCCAAUAGAAAGAAGCAGGACAACGAUUUCCAAAACAAGGUUGCGCGUCUGGAAAGCUUUCGGAAAGUGGUCCGCUAUUGUGAGGACACGAAGCGCUGCAAACAUGAGCUUAUCAAAGACUUCUUCGGCGACACAGAGCUUGAGAUUAUGGGAUCGCAGGCUCCGCGAAAAUCAGAUACCAGUCAUGCCAAUGGCCAGGCAUCGUCGCCGUGUGACUUCGCGUGUGACUUCUGCAAAGAAGGGCCCGCAUCCUUGGAACGACGGAAAGCUGACAUGGCCAUAGCGUGCGAGAUAGGAUUAACGGACAAUAUAGUGGAUGCUGAGCAGAUGUUUCUCCAUUUUCUGCAUCGACCCACUGAUGAUCUACCCUUCAGCUAG